AUGCAGAGCAAUAAGGCUAUUGAUCCUGAAAAGUUAUUCGCGUUGGAGGAACGCGUCGGUAAAGGAUCAUUUGGUGAAGUCUACAAGGGGUACGAUAAGCGCAAUAACUCUCAAGUCGCUGUUAAGAUAAUAGACUUGGAAUCCGCCGAGGAUGAAAUAGAGGACAUACAAGAGGAAAUAAACAUAUUAUCACAAAUGGACUCUAAAUUCGUUACAAAAUACCACGGCUCAUACUUGAAGAAGACUCACUUAUGGAUUAUCAUGGAAUUCUGCUCAGGUGGCAGCUGCUCUGAGCUCAUGAAGCCCGGCUUGAUUAAAGAGGAGUUUAUUGCUAUCCUUAUACGUGAAUUACUUUGUGGUUUACUUUACUUGCACAAUCAAGGUAAACUACACAGGGACAUCAAAGCAGCAAAUGUUCUUUUAAACUCAUCUGGCGAUGUAAAGCUGGCUGACUUUGGUGUAAGUGGUCAACUCACCUCCACAAUGACAAAGAAGAAUACCUUCGUUGGUACUCCUUAUUGGAUGAGCCCUGAAGUUAUCAAACAAUCUGGCUACGAUCACAAAGCUGAUAUCUGGUCUUUGGGUAUCACUGCUAUCGAAUUAGCUCAAGGUACUCCCCCAUAUGCUGAUCUACACCCUAUGAAAGUUCUCUUCUUGAUACCCAAAAACAGCCCUCCUUCUUUGGACGGCAAUUACUCUAAACUGUUCAAGGAAUUUGUCAGCUUAUGUCUACAAAGAGACCCCAAAAUGAGACCAAGUGCGCGAGAAUUGCUUAAGCACAAGUUCAUAAAAGGCGCUAAAAAGACUUCUCAUCUAACAGAGCUGAUUGAGCGUUUAGAUAGAUUCAAAAUGGCAGGUGGUCUCUCGAAGUCUGCGAAUAAGGGUGAUAUGCUCGUCGAUCAAAAUACUCUAGGUGGACAAUCUGAGGACUUGUGGGAUUUUGGUACUAUUCAGGGUACACAGAGAGGGGGAUUUGCACCACAAUCCAUACGCAAUCAACCAGUUCCACCGCUGCCAACAGACAUACCACCUCCAACUCAACAGAAUAUGCAAGCGUAUAAUCAGGCUUAUGCUCCACAAAUACACCAUAAAGACUACGCUAGAACAGCACAAACAAAUGAAAAGGAGACCAAACUUAACGAAAACGACAUGCUUCGGUCUACAUCUCGUAUGACAAUCGAGGAUGGAGUGACAAACCGCUCCUACAGAUCAGGCAGUACUCUGCGGGCAGGUCUCGUGAGAGAUAGGGAAAUGAAGCAGAGCAAGGAGCGUGAUCCACUGCAUAAUCUCAGCAACAAGCCAUCGCCAUCACCAUCACCCACCAAAUCCACAAUGGGAUACGUGGAUACGCUUAAAGGUGGUAAGGCUGCUGCUGGUGGUGGUAGGUCAAGCACAGCUUCUACUUAUAGAGAUCUGCCACCGAUUCCCAAAGAUGUAAAAUCUCCAGCCCAAAACAGCAUACUUAACACGCCUGACUCAUUUAUAGGCUCACAUAGGAGUGAAUUGUUGCCAACAGCUGCUACAUAUGACAGUCCAGUUAUUUCAGAUGGUAUUGGUCCUGGCACGGACAGUAUGGCGAGUAGACAGCCACCGCCAACACCAUAUUCAUACCAAGAUGAUCAAAGCAUUAAUAGGAGCGAUAGUGGAAUGACAUCGGAGAGCACAGUGGAGUAUGAUGAGCAAAUUCUGGAGCAGAGGACAAUGCUGGACGCAGUUGUACACCCGGUGCUAGACACAAUAACGCGCAAGGUAGAUACUGUUGACGCGAAUAUGGCGGUAAAUUCACUCAAGAAUGCAUUUGAUACUGCCGAGGGAUUGAUACCUGGACUGACGAAUUAUUUUAUAUCUGAAGUGGUUGAGUCCGUCGAGAGGGAUGAAUGA